AUGUUCAUUAGACAAUGUUUACCCGAUGUAGGAACUGAACCCACGACCCUCGGCGUAGCAGUCAGGAGUGCUAACUGUUACAACACCGACAUAAUCAAUCAAUGGAUUAGCCACCACCGCUGGUUCAUAGGCCCGGAAUACCUGAGACGGCAUCCGGAUGAUUGGCCCGUACAACGGACUGCAAAAAGGGCAGAAGAGACGGGCGAAGAGAAGUGCGCAACGCUCGCCGUGAGCAGAGAGAGCCUCGGCGAAGCGAUCCCGGACCCAAGACGCUUUUCCAAGUGGGAGAAGUACCUGCGUGCAACGGGGCGAAUACUGCAAUUCGUCGACCUAUGCCGCAGAAGUCGCGAGCGCACUUAUUACAAGAGGACCAGACGGAACCCGCGCUCGGACCCGACGUGGGAGAGAAAUAGAAAGAAGACGACUUCGAAGACCCCGCUGAACACACCGCGGACGCCAGAGCAAGCAGUCAUUCAAUGGAAGACUUUAGACGCCGACACGCUUCGGCGAGCCGAGAUGCUCAUUUGGCGUCAGAGCCAGCGGGCAGCCUUCGAGGAAGAGAUUUUGGCGCUUCAACGAGGGAAACAAGUAUCCCCAGCAAGCCGACUGCGAAACUUGUCCGUAACUUACGCGGACGGCAUAUUAAGAAUAAACGGACGCAUCGGCAAGAUUGAGGGAGCUAACGUCAUCACCUCGCCUCUCGUGCUAGACGGAUCCCGACGCGAAACGAGACUGAUGAUAGACUUCAUCCAUAGAAAGAUGCACCACGCCGGAACCGAAGCUACGAUCGCCGAGUGCCGACAGUCGUACUGGGUCUUACGCCUACGCCCAGUGACACGGAGCGUAAUCCACAAUUGUCUCCCGUGUCGUAUCCGCAAGGACACUCCACCGCGUCCAGCCACAGGCGACCACCCACCGAGCAGACUGGCACACCAUCGGCGACCAUUCACAUACGCGGGCCUCGAUUACUUCGGACCGUAUCAAGUUACCACCGGCAGAAGCACCCAGAAGCACUACGUGGCCAUCUUCACAUGUCUCACUACGCGUGCGGUACACUUAGAACCGGCAGCGAGCCUCAGCACUGACUCAGCGGUGAUGGCACUCCGGCGCAUGAUCGCGCGCCGGGGACCUCCGACGGAAAUAUGGAGCGACAACGGCACCAACUUACGAGGGGCCGACAAGGAGCUGCGCCAAGCUUUGGACAAGGCGACCGAGCAUGAAGCGAGCUUAAGACUUAUCCAAUGGCGCUUCAUCCCACCGGGCGCGCCUUUCAUGGGCGGCGCCUGGGAAAGAAUGGUACGGGCAGUAAAGGCCGCGCUCUCGGCCACGGAGCAGCCGAGGCACCCGACGCCCGAAAUAUUUCACACUCUGUUAGCAGAGGCAGAGUUCACAGUGAACAGCCGACCUCUCGAUCACGUAUCGGUGAGCGCCGACGAUCCCGACCCUCUAACGCCAAACCACUUCCUGCUGGGAGGCCCGGCGCGAGUCCCCGUGCCGGGCAAGUUUGACGACGCCGACCUCAUAGGGCGCGCACACUGGCGCGCAGCUCAACGUCUGGCAGAUGUGUUCUGGAGUCGCUGGCUCCGGGAGUACCUGCCCGACCUGCAGAACCGGCGGGAGCCCCGCAGCCGCGGGCCCGCCCUGAAGAUAGGCGACGUCGUGAUAAUAGCAGACGGAACGCUCCCACGGAACACCUGGCCACGAGGGAUCAUCCAGGAGGUUUACCCGGGGGCCGACGGCAUCACACGAGUGGUCGACGUGCGCACCGCCGGCGGUAUCCUGCGACGCCCGGCAAAGAAGAUCAUCGUGCUGCCCACGAUGUCCGCCGCUCACCAAGGAGGAUGCAGCGACGUGAACGACGCUGCACGGCGGGAGGAUGUUCGCGACGGACAUAAAUAAAUGCAGCUUAAUAGAUAUUGUUCGCGACGGACAUUGAUAGUUUAAUA